GAAGGGGCGGCGGUGUGGAUCCCUCUGAAGGAUCCCGCGCCAUCGGGAGGGGUGGGGGGCGCUCGCCGAAGCCCCCUUUCUUUUCGCCCCGACGGGGAGAUGAUGGCUCUUACUUCCCUGUAAAUAAAGAUCGGGACGGAAAGAAGAGCCGUCUAGGGAGAAGGACGCUCGCCGGGCCGCGCCCGUGGCCGUGCGUGGGGCCUGCGGGGCCCGCCGCUCGCUCGCCUUCCCGCCUCAGGCCUCCGCUCCACGCGGCCCCUCUCGUCGGUUCCUCCCGCCCGGCUCUCCAGACUCCGGCGCGGUACCCCCCCCAGCUGCUGCUUCCGCCCCCACUUGUCCCCGUUUUCCUUCGCUCGCGUGUGGCGGCGAGACUGAGCCUUUGUCGGGAAGAUCCACCAAGACAGCCCCGAAAGCCGAUGUCCGGAUGGAUCUUUUUCCUCUGCUUCCUCCCCCGGGAAAGUGUCCUUGCCGGGUUCCCACGGGCGGCGGAGGCCGUGCGUCUUCCCCGGCUCCCGAAGGACCUGUGCUCUGCGGCUGUGCGUAGUUGCGUAGUAGGAGAGCGUCGGCCACCGCCCUGACCGCCGGUCCCCUGCACACCCGCCUGGGUGCCCUGGGGCCACUUCCGAUCUGGGGUGUCGGCGUCCUCUCCCUCAGCCACGGGUUUGUCUGUUUCCCUGCGUGCCUUGGAGGCGGGGCGUGAAGCUUGUUUCUAAAAAAUUACAACACAAACGCUGAUCCUGUAUGGUCCUUCGAAUGAUCUUUAUGGGGUCCGUUCUGUGCUCUUGAGCACGUAAUCGUCUCCACUGUUUAAGAGCUUUAUACUUCCAACUGCUCUGUCUACAGUGAGGAUCCCCUUAUUUCACAGUGUCUUGAUGCAGUCUCAGGAUGUGGACCUCUCCUUCCCACAGCAACCAGAGAGAUCCAGUCUCUUCAGUGGGACAAAGAGGGGGACACUGUUUCUCACUUCAUACCGGGUGAUCUUCGUGACUUCACACUUAGUCAGUGAUCCCAUGUUUUCUUUCAUGAUGCCAUUUGAUCUGAUGAGUAACUGCACCGUUGAACAACCGGUCUUUGCUGCCAACUACAUUAAAGGGACUAUUCAGGCAGCUCCGGAUGGCGGCUGGGAAGGACAGGCUACUUUUAAAUUAGCCUUCAGAAAAGGAGGUGCCAUCGAAUUUGCCCAGCUGAUGGUGAAAGCUGCCUCUGCCGCUGCCAGAGGAGUUCCACUUGGAAGUGCAAGUUACUGGUUCAGCCCUCCAGGACUGCUUGUAGUUACUGGGCAGGGGAACAUGAUGUGCACUCAACAGAUGCCUUGUCCAGCAUACCCAUUUGUUGUCUAUGGAUCCCCACAGGCAGGAUAUGGACCCCCACAGGCAGGAUAUGGACCCCCACAGGCAGGAUAUGGACCCCCACAGGCUGGAUAUGGACCCCCACAGGUGGAAUAUGGACACCUGCCAUGGGGAUACGGACCCCCACCAGCAGGAUACGGACCCCCACCUGUGGGAUCUGGAGCCCCACCAGGAGCAUACAGAGCCCUGCCUGUGGGAUACGGAGCCCUCCCAGCCGGAAACGAAACCUUACCGACUGGAAGUGAAAACCCAGGGGCUGGAAAUCAAGCCCCACCUCCAGGAUAUGAAGUUUCACCUGCUGGAAUUAGAGCUGGGUCUGGCAAAUCUGUGGCAAUCCAACCUCCCGGGUAUGAGGCUUCUCUUCCCCCUGCCUCAUCUUCUCAGAGCCAUUCACCAUCUUCCAGGAAUUAAACCUUGAAGACUCGCCAAGCAAAGUGGCACCCGAAAACCGAAGUCAGAAUAGGAAGGUAGACUCAGGUGCCAGGCAGUCGGAAGCGUUUCCUGUGCAUGUGGUGGCCUGAUCCUGUCUGCACAUCUGUGGGGUCCUGGUGGCUCAAGACAUAGAUGACCCUGAGAAGACUCCUGUUCUCAAGGAAGGAAAAUGCUUGAAAACAGCCAACCAGAGUGAGAGAGAUCCAAAUCCGUCCACGUCAUACAGCUUGGGGAUGGAGACUGAUUUCUAGGUUUUCGGUAGAAAACAGGCGUCCUUCCUGCCUAUGUCCUGAGGAGAAAGGAGAAGCUAGUGUAACCGAAGAGGCUGGGGUCACCCUGGCUUUACACCCUCGAUUAAAGUCUGCUUGCUGUCGCAA